AUGCUUUUCAAACUUGCAAUUCUCUCUUCACUUCUGGCGCUUGUCGCUUCGAGAACUCAUCUGACUGACUGUCUCGAUGAGGACAAAUAUUGUGUUGGACUUCCAAGAGGAUGCAUUGGAACUGAAUGUUACGUCUCUUUCAGUACAAUUUCCAACGGAACCCACGCUGAAAUCGAAAUCUUCGGAAACGACAUCCUCGACAAAACCUGGCUCGGAGUCGCCUACUCUGCUGACAAAGUGAUGAAGGAUGACUUCGUUGUCUUUUGUAUUCGUGAUGACAAGGGAACCAACAUCAACAAUAUUGAAGAGAUGGGAGGACUUGCCUACAACGAUGAUCAUUCGAACGAGAUGAUCGGAACUAUUGCAGCAAUAAAGAAACAGAAGAAGGAUGAGUACAAAUUCAAUAUGGAAAUGGUCGAAUACGAGAAGGAGGACAAGACUUUGUACUGCAAGAUGACUCACCGUGUCGACCCAGUCAUCACCCAUUUCAACAUGACCAAGGUUGAGAUUCUGAUGGCCAAGGGAGUCUGGAUUAAGGGACAGUUGACCUACCACGGAAAGACACGCAACAAUGUCGGAAUCGUCGAUUUAUCUGGAAAGAAGAAGGAGACGAAGUCCGCCGCUGGAUCAUUCGCCCUUUUCUCCACCGCCAUGACCUUCAUCGCCGCUAAAAUGCUCUUUUAA